CUCGUGGUGGUGCAACGGGCCUGUGCUGGGUCCUCCGUGACACUGGGUGAUAUCAGGUCACACCCAUCUUAGUGUUGAGUGACAUAAAUACCUUUGCCAUAUGACCUGUACUGUUGUCACGUAACAUUUACCGUUUGUCGUGUGACAUCUAUCAUCAUUGUCAUGUAACACUUACACACACACACACACAUAGAGUGGAGUGGAGAACUGUGGUCACCAACUAUGAGACAUGAGGACGGUAUACUCUGACUGAGCAUAUCUCGACUACGCCAGCUGGUUGUUGUUCAGAGCUGUGGUUCGAAUCGUGCGUCAUCAGCUGUAGUUCCAUACGGGAAUUAGAUCGUCAGUCCGCCAUAGGUUGUUCUAGCAGCAGGAUUACACUGUGUGAGGUCGAACUGCUGUGUGAAUUGAGAUGUGACUUGGACUAUUUGCUCCCGUGUGAACAUUAUGGGUUCCCAAUACGAGGUGGAGUUCGUGGUGGGGAUCUCGUGGUGUAGUGAGGCACCAACGUUGUGUUCAGCUGGACGGAUUUGGCGACGUGGACUGGUGUGACUCACCCAUCAGUUUUACUCCACACUUUUGAGGGUGUAUUGUACAAGACGCAAUCAGUCCAAGCCAAGGCGCUUAUCAAGACAACAACAUUUGAGUGAUAUUAAUCAUCAAAUGCGAGGAUGUGUUACAUUUACAAGCAACGUUUACAUAAAUAUAAAAUAUGACUUCAAGGCUUAUACAGGUACCGGAUAUAUAAAUAUUAAUUAAACAAGUAAAUCUUUCCCUUUAAUAUGCAUAGGGGCUUUCAACGAUAAACCUCUAAUAAUGUCUUAAGAUACAACUAAGAGCUUAACAUAUGUGAAACAAGAGAUAUACAUAUAAGAGUUUACAAACUUUACAACAUGAAAAUGAGAGCAUAGGCCUUGAAAGUACAUUUUACUAAAAAUACCCAAAAUAGAAAGAUGGUGGACUGAGGUAGCGUAUACUCAGUAAAUACACGAAACAAAGUGACCAAUAUUUGCAAGUAUCAACAAACAUGAACGUGACGAUGGAAGACUUGGAGGAAACUUAUGGAGACGCGACAAUGACGGAGAUAAGCCUGGAGAAGCGACUGGCCUCCAGGUGGGAGUACUACUCUAAGGUGUUGAUGGGCCUGGCCAGGAACCCAGACGCUGCUGCUGGCAUCAUGGGCCUUAAUGCCAGUAUCUUCCGCGCCGCCUUCCGCCCUCCGCCCAACACCGCCAUGCACAAUUUCACAGUUGACCUGACAGCCCAGGUGAGGCGCCGUGAUGACCCUGGACGCAUGGUCAUAAUCAUCCUGGCCUACUCUAUCAUCAUCGGGGUCUCGCUCUUCGGUAACCUGUUGGUGUGUCAUGUGGUGGUAAGGACGAGGCGCCUCCACACCCUCACCAACACCUUCCUCGCUAACCUGGCCCUCUCAGACCUUCUCAUGACGGCUCUCAACAUCCCCUUCAACGUGGCCAGGGUGUUGCUAGACGACUGGCCCUUCGGGGGGUUGAUGUGUAGUAUGGUGCCCUUUGUCCAGGUCAUCUCCGUCUAUGUGUCCGCCUUCACCAUGGUCGCUAUAGCCCUCGAUCGUUACCAGGUGAUCGUCCAUCCCCUGAAGCCGCGUCUCGGAGCCUGGCACGGAGCUGUCAUCAUCACUGUCGUCUGGCUGUUAGCUGCCCUCGUCUCCUUACCUUAUGCUAUCUACAGUCAGGUGAUGGAGGUGUUCACGUACAGGAAGUUGACACGGUGUCAGGCGCACUACCCGUCCCCAGCACUACAAUUCCGCCAGUGGCUGACACUUGCCACCUUCCUGACGCAGUAUGUUGUGCCGCUGGGCGUGACUGCCGUGGCUUACGUGGGCGUGACGAGGCGGGUGUGGUGGCGGGCAGUAGUGGGCGCUGCCACGCAAGAGCAGCUCUCCUUACAGCUGAAAACCAAGAAGAAGACGGUGAAGAUGUUGGUGGUGGUGGUAGUGUUGUUCGCCCUCUGCUGGAUGCCCCUUAAUACCUACCACCUGGUGGUGGACUUCGGCGUGACGGUGGGUCCGUCUCGUCACUCCUCCACAGUAUUCUUCAUUUGUCACUGGUUUGCCAUGUCCAACGUUUGCUACAACCCGUUUAUCUACUGCUGGCUCAACGACCACUUCCGCGCGGGGGCCAAGGCCUGGCUCUGGUGUGCCGCCAGGAAGCUCUGCCAUGUUCCCCUUCCCCAUGACGACGACGAGCCCCAGGGCGUCAGGAUCUCCAGGCCUCGAGGCUCCGUCACUUUGUCCUCGUCGGCCCUCGCCAGUGGCUCAGUGAGUCGAAAACUGGUCGGUGGCGUCGGUUCAGUUCGCAGUACACACCAUCAUCACCACCGCCACCAGGCGUCAGAUUUUCACGUAGCGCUGGACGAGCUGAUCAACACUCCCAUGCCUUCCAGACGCAGCCAACACAGCUUCAAGUCUAACUCUUCCCUACGAGGCAGUAAACAACGCCAGAAAACCAACACAAAACCCAAUAUUGGUGAACCUCGAGGCGUACAUUCUGACAAGUCUUCAUCUCCCAAGGUCGUGUCCAUUACCCAGGGACUCCAAGACGCCUCUUCAGUUGUCAGCUGUACUCACGGGAACUUGAGCUCCUCAUUUUCAGAGAUGCCUUGUAUAGAAGUUGAUCUUCCCUGUGUGUUGAACCUCCGACAGAUCAGUCCUCAGCCACCAGAGGUGCUACAGGUGACCUCCCCGCACAGUAAAGUCGAUGAAAUUUCUUCGAAUUUACGCGAAGAGGAAGCAACCGAAGAACCAGAAGGAAACAGAGAUGACUGGAGGAACAAAACGAGAAGUAGGUCUGAAAAGGACGCCAUUGAUGUUGAGAAGCUAGACAUUGUUUACGUGGAGUCUGAGAGGUUGCCGACGGACCCAACACUCGGCCCUAUCCCCGAGGAGUCUCCUCGGACCUCCUGCCCCAGAACCCUCAUCAGGUGCCCCACUUCUCCGUCAGCUCAACACUCUCUCCCACAAAGUCAACUCUCUUUAUAUGCUUCAGAAGUUCCUGAAUCAAAAAAUAUUUCCCAUUUGACUGCUAAAAGUUCCUUAGAAAGGAGCAAUAACAAAUCACUGAAUGGCGACAGUGAUCCAAUUGUGCCAUCUCCCAUCACACCUACACAACAUUCAGUAACUAUCAGUAAAACAAAACAAACUAAGAAUCCUAUCACCAUCAUCAGAGCCAUCCGCGACAUCACAGUGUCCCUAGCACGACGCCUGACCGCACUGACCUCCAGGAAUUCGUCUUCUAGAAGCACCUCCAAGAUGUCCCACGACACCAGAGGGCGUACCUGUACCCCGAGUUUAUGUUGGACGGAAGGGGAGACUUCAACAAAUCCAGUAUCUGUUAAAUCCAGUCCCAUUACUGCCCUGAAUCAGGAAGACACCGUGACAAACUUGACAAAAUUCUCGAAAUGUCGUGAGUGUCGGAGCCCCGCCACAACACAGCGUGACGACCACCACCAGGUGACUCUCCCCAACAUUGUACUGGCAGACACUCGGGACGCCCACACCCUCCCGGGUCCUCAAUUCUCGGACCAACAAAGUGAGGAGACGGACUCGCCCCGAGGACCUGACUCUAGAUUGUCUCCAUCAUGUCGAGGGUCUCAUUCUGUCUCCUCCCCCUCAGGCCACGGGAGCCCUCAACGUUUACCUGGACACGGAGCAUCAGGCGUGGCCAUGGUCGAUCCCGCGGCAAUAAUCCUGAGGCCACUACACAACUCCAGGACACAUGUCUCUGGCAGUAGAUCAGGUUUAUAUGACUUUUCCCUCCCUUCUCAAACUCACAUCUCCCACAUCAGCUGGCCUGUCAGCCCGCGGUACAUACACACAAGAAAAAACGAGGGAGAAAUCCGCCUACUUUCACAUAUUCCUGUAACCAAAGGAGACACUGCACCACCCGACGCAACACGAUUAACGAACAACAGUAACACACCGGAGAAUAGAAAUUCCCCUUCAUCUAGUCACGAGCUCUCCGUGUUUCUAACAACCAAAGACAACACGCUACAUGCCACAGAAAGUUCACCGAAUAAUAAAAGCUUCCGUUCAUCUUUCCACGGGCUCUCCUUGACCAGCAGAGUGUCUCAAGCAGAUACCUGUGACUCCUCAAAGUCCACCACGGACUCGUCAUCUUCUUCCAGUGAUGAUCAAGGCGGCAGAACAAGUCCUCGUAGCACCAGAUACUCCCUACGGACCCACUCGACGCCUGAACUAUGUAGUAUACCCCACGGGAGUACAGUGGCGCCUGAACUGGGUGUCCACUCCAACAGCACAACCACGUCCUGGACGGUGAGGUUCUCCAGUCCUUCUACCAGAGUAAGUCCAGACGGCACUUCCUCCCCGACCCUGUGCCGCCCCUGCUGGACCGCCCCCCCUGGUCCCUCUCACCACCACGAGGAUGUGUCCAGCCAGGAACUAACAUCGACACCAUAAUAAUGACAAGAGGUGUUUGGUAGUACAGUACGAGGCUAACUAAAUCUAUGCGUAAUUCUAUAAGGGAACAAGAAGCAACAUCUCGCGCUGAACAAAAUACGACAGUAAACUGAGAAAAAACGUUGUCACCCAAAGUUGUUUUAUCAACUGAAUGAAAGAUUAAAGAAAAUGUGAUAUUAAAAUUAUAAUGAAAAUACCUGUAGUACAUAAUACAAAACGAAGUUUUGUUUGUGCUUGUAAGAAAGGCGUUCAUUAUUUCACAUGUAUGAAUCAUUACACAUAUGUCAGGUUAAACUAUCAUGGGCAAUAUAGAAUGUAAUAAUUAUUAUACAAAAUGUGUUCCUCGAGGUUUAUAAACUAACUAAUGACUGCCAUUCUGAGAGGUGCAAGUACUGAAGUAGUGAUGUCUCGUGUGUUACCAUCACUGAUGUAGCUUCAUAUGUCUCAAAGUACAUUUGUGACAUCUAACAUUUAUCCAAUUUAAUGUUGUUCACAGUGUGUAGACAUACAUAUAUGUGUGGGUUUAUGUAUUUAUGUAAGUAUUGCUACGUUCUAGUCAGCUUUGGUUGAUAUUAAAAAAAAUAGUCCUUCACGUCUUUAACACACAAUUUGUCCAUUAUUUUAGACUGGUCAUAUAAUUUAUAAAUUAUGUCGCUCAAAUCAUACAGUUUGAAAGUACAGCUGUAAUAUAAUUUAUAGAUCACUCCAAAUAUCUACCAAAUACUUCAUCACUCCGUCCUCUUUUUAAGUAGAUAUAAAUUUCGGUACUUAAGUGUCUUUUAAUAACCUGGUAAAGUUAUCAAAAUAAGUAUGUUGGCUUGUCGACUGUGUCCGCCCGUUCUCCUGCCACAAGUCUUGAAGUUACAGUCACUCUAUAACACAAACUCACAAAUAAAUUAUCACCAUAUUACUUCAAGAACUCGGUUGACAAAAUUCAGAGUACUGUAUCCUCACUACAGUUCUAAUUUAUUUUAUUUAGAUCUUUGAUUGGACAAGGUAAUUAUAAAAGAAAUACUGUACUGUUGUCUCUCUCUAUAUAUUAUAUUUAGUCUAAGCUUCUGUGGGUAACGUUCUUAGAAUUUCAGCUUAUAAUAACCUAAUAUUUCUCGGCCUCUUCCUUGUCUAGCUUCUCUCGUCUGUGAUAUUAAAACAUUUUCAUUAGUUAGAAAUAAACUAAUGUGAGCGA